CACCCUGCUGCAUCUACUGACCUGAUAAACUCCUGCUAACAAAAGACCAGGAAAACAGACUUUAUCAAAGAUGAGCAGCGCUGGGCAGUUUGAGCACGUGGCACACAUGAAUGUGUUUGAAAGCAGUUCCAUGCAACUCAGUAUCCCUGUGAAGUUGUGUCCUGUGAAGAUGCCCUUUGAAGACACAAAAUGCAUGAAAACAGGGUUUGGAGAGAACACAAAAUGCCACGUGAACAAUGCCGAACAUAAAAAGCACAAGAAAAAAAAUGAUGCUUCUAAGAUUUUGGAUGAAGUGAAAUUAGACCUACGUCUCAGUGAAUGCUUCGAGAGCGCUGAGUCGGAAGAUGAAGAAUUUAGUCAUGAGAGAACAAAAGCCAAAACUUCAGCUACAAGAAGAGGGAGAAAACAACUACCAGAAAAUCAACGAGAGCCAAGGUUGCCAUACAUGCAGGAGGAUGCAGACAAGGAGGAAUGGAGAAGGGCCCAGAGAACAAUCGAAGAGUUUUUGGAUCUUCCAGCAACAGUUUCAGGAUUUGCAUUUAGGAAACCCCAGGAAUCAAUCACUUGCAAGAGUACCCCUGCAGCACAAAAUGACCACUUACCGCAGAAUCCAGCUGCAAUACCAAAUACCAGGCACAAUGCAAUAUUCUUAAGAGGACUUAGCAAAGUCUCACAACAUUGUCAACCAAGGCAGCAACAUUUAGAUAUAGAGACAUUUGGUUCCACUGGUCAGUACAUGGCUGGUCAUCAUGAGAAUGGAAAUGACAUUAAAGAUCGGUCUCUGGAACCGCAGAUUUUAACCAAACCGAAGAAUUCCAAGAAAAGAGAAAACCAAUAUCUGGGCAAGCAGCUAAGAAAAAAUAAAAAUUCUGAAGUCUUGGAAGAGGAAAAUACACACCUGGACACCAAUGUAGUAUUAGAACAACAACAACAUUUGGAAAUCAAGAAAAGAGAUAAGCAAAAUCUGGGUAUUGUUCAAGAAGAAAAUCAUCAUCUGGACACUCAACAAGGAAAAAGCCAACAGUUAGACACUAAGAAAGGAAAAUACAAACAAGAACCACAGUUGAACCCUAAGAAUGGAGAUGAGCAAAAUCCGGAUACACCUCAAAGACAAGAACAACAUCUGGACAGUCCACAAAGAGAAAAGCAAGACUGGAUCACUCAACAAGAAGACCAUCUUAGAGCUAAGAAAAGCAGUAACUAUUAAUAAUUAGACUGAUCUUAAUGUAAAAAGAUCUUUUAAUAAUUCUGAUAGAGCAAACCAUUUUAAAAAAAGGGUUAAAUUGACUUUUAUAAUCAAAUAUGCCUGUUCUCUUGUUGAAAUGCAGAGCCUUUCUAUAAGAAGUAGGUUCAGAAGUGUGCAUGUGACUUAAACACUAUUUAUUAUUUUUUUUAUUAAACUAGAUGUUGACAUUGUUACAAGCAAUGCUGCCAUAAAGUGCUCAAGACACGUGCACACUCCUGAACCUACCUAAGAAUUGUCUCAAGUGAAGAAGCUAUGUUUUAACAAAGGAUACCAAGAGAGAAAGGGGUUUGUUUUUUAUUUUAUUAUCUGCAAGUACUUUUUACAAUGACUGGGAAGUGAACACAAACAAAAGUUAAUUAAUUUCCUAAACUACAUAAUAAAUGACAAAAAGAACACAUCUACAACAUCUGGACAUAAAAGAACAAAAACAAAAAGAAAAUGAAUAAAAUAUCUAGAGAUAGUAAAGAGGAAACAGCCAGGACAUGAACAUCUGGAUGUCUAUGAAGGAAAACUACAUGCUUGGCCGCUCAGCAUUCCAACUCUGAUGUUACCAACUCACCAGAUGUUUCAAUAACCAUGAUGCCAACAAAUUCCAAUAAUUUAGACCCAUCAAUAUGUAACUAGUUCUAUCACAAGUGCUGAUACUUGUUUAAAACUAUAAACGUACAUUUAAAUAUAUAUACCCAUUGAUAUAAAGGUUUAAAUUUGUAUUUUAUGAAAACACUUGUGUAGUUAUAGUACCAUCCAUGAACAUGAACUAAAUAAUACGUACUCUCAAUAUA